AGGUAUUGAAAGAGGCCUAAUACUGUCUUGCUUAAGAAACAGAACAGUCACAGCAUGGGGAAAAAAUCUUUUGGCUUUCUGAUAUUGGGAGUCCUCUUAGCAGGUUAUAUUUAUGAACCUCUUCCAGAUAAUGUUGAAGAACCAUGGAAAAUAAUGCUGCUAAAUACCUUUAUAAAAACUUCAUCAUAUUUGGCCCAGUUUGCUGAAAUAUUGGGGCUAAACCAUUUCAUGAAAUCGAUGACAUUCUUUUCAAGUUUUCAAGGUUUUCCACCAACAUCAGACGAAAACAUAACUGUGAGAGAUACCACAUUCAACGAUAUUCCUGUCCGUGUAUACGUGCCCCAACGGAAAAUAAAAUCAUUAAGAAGAGGCUUGUUUUAUAUUCAUGGUGGUGGUUGGAGUUUGGGUAGUAAUGAUUAUUAUACCUAUGACCUUCUGUCAAGAUGGACAGCAGACAGACUUGAUGCAGUUGUCAUAUCAACCAACUAUAGACUAGCCCCGAAGUACCAUUUUCCAGUUCAAUUUGAAGAUGUGUACACUGCAUUAAAAUGGUUUUUAGACCCCCAAAUUCUUGAGAGCUAUGGUGUAGAUCCUGGAAGAAUCGGUGUCUCUGGAGACAGCGCUGGAGGGAAUUUAGCUGCAGCAGUAGCACAGCAGCUCUUAGAAGAUCCAGAUGUCAAGAUCAAGCUCAAGGUCCAAUCUUUAAUAUAUCCUGCCCUUCAGAAUUUUGAUUUCGAUUUACCGUCAUAUCAAGAAAAUGCACAUUAUCCAGUUCUGUCGAAAUCACUCAUGGUCAGAUUCUGGAGUGAAUAUUUUACUACAGAUAGAUCACUUAAGAAAGCGAUGCUUUCCAACCAACACAUUCCUCUGGAAUCAAGCCAUCUGUUCAAAUUUGUUAAUUGGAGUUCUUUGCUCCCUGAGAAGUUUAAGAAAGGCCACGUUUAUAAGACUCCAACUCAUGGUAGUUCAGAGCUGGCUAAAAACUAUCCAGGGAUUCUAGAUGUGAAAGCUUCACCAUUGCUAGCUGAUGACAGCAAGUUGUGUGGUUUACCCCUGACCUAUGUCAUCACUUGUCAAUAUGAUGUCUUAAGAGAUGAUGGACUCAUGUAUGUUACUCGACUUCAGAAUUCUGGAGUUCGAGUGAUCCAUAACCACAUAGAGGGUGCAUUCCAUGGAACACUUUCUUUUCUUUUUACUAAAGUUGGUUAUAGAGCAGCUGAUCAGUAUAUUAAUUGGCUACAUGAAAACCUGUAGUAAAAAUCUGAUCAAUAUAGUAAAAGGUAAGCCCCAGAAUUUCAGGAAAAAAGGACAAUAACCCAAAGGAUUCCUGUUAGGAACACAUGUUUUAUCUACCACAGUCUUCCUAAAUCCACAUGUACAUAACUGUUGUUGUUGUCAAGGAAUGAUUUUUAUAGGUUAGUCUCAGAGUAAUUCACUCACUUUUGUUCCUCAGAAUAGAUAGAUAUUAUUUAUCUCUAGCAUGAAUUAAGUUGUUUCUCUAAGUAUUUUUUGUCCCAGUUCAAUAUCAACUGUUCACCAUUGCAAAAUACAUUUCUUAGUGCACAACUCAUCUCCUUAGUCCAGGAAAAUGAAAUAUAAGUCAUUAUAUAAUAAAGAUAUCUGGAUCUCUUGAAUUUUGAUGAGAGGGUAAGGAGAACUUACUUUAACCAGACAAAAGCAACAUAUACAUUUGGUUAAUCUGGGUCCUUGAGAUUGGCAAGGAGUCAGUAUAAGUAAAUAAUUCCAAAUAUGCAUGGCUGAUCAGUAACAGGAGAAACACAAGUAAACAAAAUAUAUAUGUAUGUACAUAUGUAUAUAAAUAUACACAUAUAUGUGUGACAUAUGCUUGUAUAUGUAUAUAUGUGUAAACACACACACCAUACAUAUAUCCAUAUCCACAUACCAAACCUCAAUAUAGUAAUAUGUAUUCUAAAAUAAUUCUGGGAAAAUUAAUUAUUGAGGAAUGAAAUAGGUAAGUUUGAAGAUGUUUUACUUGAAAUAAAUUGAUUUUUAAAAAUUG